UUCAGAGCGUCGAGCUGGUGUUUUGGUCUUGUCUCCACGGAGCAUGGAUCCGGACCAGGCCCAAGAUGAGCCAUCUACAUACAGAGGGCGCACUGUUUCGGAUUUGGCCCACAUGUUUGAGUCGAAAGUUAGAGAAAAAGUGAGGUCAAGUCCAUAUUUACGACACUAUGAGAAGUUCAAUGCUGCUAAAUUCAGUGCAGAAAAGCAUCUACCGCCUACAGUCAAAUCAAUGACCAUGCCAAUUAAGAUACAGAAUCAUUUUGAUGAAAAACGCCCUUUAUCUCCUGAUGGAAAAGAAGCCUCAGGGGUCUACAGUGAGCCUAAUGUGAAAGUUUCGUCUGUGGCAAUCAAACAUCGAGUGGAGAGCAAAGCUUUUGUUUACCAGGGCUCGUUGGAGUCAGCUGAUCAGCAACGACCUGUUGUCUUAGUGAAGGAGCCAGAGGAGCCGAUCGACAGUUCCAAUGUUUUGGGCGCAAAUUCUUUGAAGGUAGUUUCGAAUCCCCGUCGCUCAAAGUCGUUCACAAACGGAAUUCAGCGGUUUUUAAAAAGGGAAAAACGUAGAGGCUCCUUAGAUGCACGUGAUACAGAUAAGUUACGUCAGAAUGAAGAUCUGGGUCACGACUUUGAGGAGGUUUUCCCAAAAACUGACAAGCGAGCACCUCGUUUGAAGGCAGGGCGUGACAAGCAAGCCAGUGCAGCCACAGUCACUCCGAAAGUCUCUUUGAGUAAGAGAAGAUCACGAUCUGACAACGAUGAAUCCACUGAGGGCUGCGAGGCUAGUAAAAAAGAAAUGAAGAAGAAAAGCAGUAAAUUUAGAGGGUUCUUCAGGGCGAUUUCACUGAAUAAUAUUGGUGAAGCGAGAAAGACUGCAACCUUAUCACAUGAAAACUGGUGUGCAAACUGCCAUGGAGAAAUGCCAACCAGAAAGAAGGUUUUGUCCCUAGAAAGGUUCAAUACUUUAAAAGAUGAAAGAGACUUGCUACGAAAUGAAAGAGAUCGAGCGGUCGAGGAAUGGAGCGAGACUGCUUCAAGAUGGGAGCGUAUGCUGGAUGAUAUGGAUUCACUGAUGAACGAAUUGGUGCAGGUGAAGAAUGAUCGUGACGAAAAGGCUGCUGAAAUAGGCGAACUCAUUAACGAGUAUGAAGACGAGCUGAAAAUUAGGGAAAGCGAAAACGAUCGACUAUACGCCGAUUUCGCUGUAAUGGAAGACAACCUCGCUGUUGCAAAGAAAGAACGAAUAGAGGCCUUGACAGAGUACGACGAACUUCUUAAACAAAAUUACGAUUUGAGUAAAGAGAUCGAAAGAUUUGAAGAUAUGUGCAUGGAAUUGCGGUCUUGUGUAGCAGUCAAUGAACAGGACGUUGCAUCGCUGAAACACCAACUCGAUAAUCUGCAGGAAGAAAGGGACCAUGCGUUGGAACUAUGGAAUUCAUCUGUGGAAGAACGAAAAAAGUUACACAAGGAAAUGGCGUCUUUGAUUCAAGCACGUGAUGAGUCGUUGCGCAAAGCUUUCCAGCAAGCAGAGGAGAUUAACAAAAUAAGAGAGGAGAGAGAUUCCUUGCAGCGGAUGCUCGAUUCUAAACCAGUUAAUGGACACUUUGACUUGAUUGAUUCUGUCCGCCUGUCUCAUGGUAGUCCGCUCCAUCAUCAAAAUAACGAUAUUUCGUCGAACCGGAACCACGUGCAGGGCUCGAGUGAAACAAAGGAAGUUGCUGUGAGCAAUACAGAAGACUCUGUUUCAGAAUUCGAAGAGUUGGCAGUUUCUUUGGAAAGACUCGACUCAAAAUAUGGUAUAAGAAUUGACACUGCGGUUGAUGAGCCAAGAAUAAUGGUUGUUCACGUUGGAGCCCACGCAGCGUCUACGAGCAAUAUAAGGAAAUAUGACAGAAUAAUUUCGAUAAACGGAAUUUCUGUUGUGCGCGCUGACAAGAAAACGACUGAAAAGAUGAUCAGGGAUUGUCCGGGAAGGCUGACAAUGGUUUUACGUCGAGAAACAUCUGCUGAGAAGUUUGAAAAAACGAAAGAUAUUGAAUUCGCAUUACCAAAGACAUCAUACCGUAAGGGACAAAGAGAUCUUGGGGUAACGGUGAAGGUUCAAAUCUUAUCAAUCGAUGAGCGAUCCCCAAUUGCAGGCAAAGAUAUGAUUGAGGACGGGGACCUAAUCAACAAGAUAAAUACUCAAGAUAUAAGCAAAAUAUUUGAGGCAGUUUUGUACAAAAUUGCAAAGAAGCAUGGAGGGAAAAUUGCAAUGAGGGUGCAGAAGAAAAAUUAUGCAACUCGAUCUAACAAUGACGUCAUGUCCAGUUCGAAAAAGGGAACUAAAGUAAGCGUCCCUGGUUCUUCGAAUGAGCAUACGUCACAUGGGAUGGUAUCAACAUCAUCCACAGGUUCAACGCUUUCUUUGUCAUCUAUGACAUCAGAGCGAACAUUUACUUCAGCAUACACCGACGACGCUGAGAGUCUCUUCAAUGGCAGCCUAACACCGUCCAUAGUCGUUUGUCCGUGUGAUGAAAGCGAGGAUGAUGCUGCAUCGAUUCAAAAGACAAAGGAUGCUCCUUCCGACAUUCCAAAUGAAAAUGGAUCUGCAGAUGAAAAAGGCGAACGAAAGAAAAGCGAACAAGAACAGUUAAUAAUUGACCAAAAACAAGAAGAAAUAACAUUGAUCACUAAACAGGCUCGACCGAAUGGUCAUUUUAAGCUUGCAAAGAGGCAUUCUGAUGCCAAAAGCCUUCGUUCUCUAAAAAUUGCAAGCUCAGCAAAGUCCAACAAGCAAGCACUACGGCGAGUGAGAAGCGACGCAGUUGACCGAAGGGCCUCGCCGAAAUCGGAAUUAUCAAAAAAUUUGUUAUUUGCUGUGGAGGAAGAUGAAACGGACUCGGAAAGAAGCGAAAAUUCUUGGCUAUUACCAAGUCCUGCGCGCACCCCAACUGAAAAUCGUAGAGGCAACGAUGCAGUCUCUGUCUUUGCUACUCUGCCGCGACAGAAAAGAAAAACAGUCAACGAAGCUGACUGUAAUAAAAGAACUACGCAUCGUGUUCUUCGCUUAGAGAAAAUUGCCAGUCAGCCACUUGGCUUUGAAGUCUGUGGUGGCAAUAAAGUUGGAAUUUUUGUCAAGGAGAUCAAGGAUGGUAGCAUGGCUGCAAUAGGAGGAAUGAAAGUUGGAGACAGGAUUUUAUAUAUAAAUUCAUUUGACUUACAUUGUGCAACUUUGGAUUAUGCGACGAGAAUCAUCUUCAAAAGCGAGCGAUUAACACAUUUUAGGAUUGAAGUUAAAUUUGAAGAAAAAUUCAAAGAUAUCCUUAAAGAAGGAUCUCAAGAUUCACUAUACGUCAGAACACUGCGAUCCGCUGACUGUAACAAAGAAGGCUGGCUUCAGUUUUGUGUUGGUGAAAUAUUGCACGUGACGAAUACGUUGGCAAACUAUAACAAGCAAAAACGAAAUUCAUGGCAAUGGAGUGCUGAAAAGGUCAGCAGGAACUCUGCUGGUCAACGGGGUUUUGUUCCACGGCUGGAAAGUUUUGAAGAAACUGAAGAACAACCCCCAAAACAGCCUCAUAGUGAGAUCGAGUGCAGCCCGCAAAAAAGUGCAACGUUUGACAACAGAAGGCGGCGAAGGCGCUCUGCGUCUGACGUCAGAAAAUGGUUACUCAGAAAACCCAGUAUGAGCAAAAAGAAAAAGGAUAAAGAAAUUCAACCUGCUGUUGUUGAUGUUGGUGAACAAGGCCCUUAUUACGAGAUUCUUUGGGACAACUGAUAAACAUGUCGAAGAGGAAAAUAAAACGAAUCAGAAGAACAAAACUUUUCAGAUGAAAAUUGACAUUGUUUCCUAUGUUUGUAGACCAAUUGAGGUUUAUGAGAGGCAAUAAAUUUUUGGUUUGCUACUAUUUUCUGCCAUUGCCAGCCAUUCUAGCAACCUCAUCUUUAACAAAGACAAUCUUCUUAAUAUGGCUAUUAUCAUGUAAAUACAUACAGGCACUUAAUCUAGAAUUAUGUAAAGAAUAAUUUUUACAUUAUUUAUGAUAAUUUUUUCUCCAGCGCUGGAUUUGUUUAUCAGCUCACCAUGACAAUAAAUACGGGCAGGAGGCUUACAAACAUGUUGAGAAGAUAUUAUUUAGGUUUUUACUUUGCAUUUUAAAAUUUUAUCAAAUGAUCUAUAUAGUUUUUUAUACCACGAAUAAAUUUUUCUUGUAAAUGAUGAAUAGAGAAGCAAAUGCAGA